AGACACGCAGAAAAACACUAACCUAACCUAUAAUUAUUUCUAUUGUUUAUAAUUAAUCUUUUCUUUUCUGCGUUACUGACUCAAACAGUGCACCAUGAACCACCAUCAAAUUAGUGCCAAAUAUUAACAUGUUUGUCAAACGAUCAAUAACUUCGCUUACUUUAUAAAAUGUGUUGAUGGAGAGUGGGAGUGUUUGACUUUUGACAAUAAUGAAAAUAUUCUUGGGAUUCGAUACGUGCGACGUCAGUUCGGAAAAGAUGUCGGGAAAAUAAUCAAAAGUUUAAUUCUAACUUUAAAAUUCAUUUGAAGAUGGAUCCGAUUUCAUUGGGUGAUCACAACGUAUCGGAUACUAGAGAAUCGAAUGAAUUCUUGGCUAAAUAUCACGUCAUAAGUAACAAACUCAAAAAACGGUUCUUGAGAAAACCUAAUGUAGCUGAAGCUGCUGAACAGUUUGCUGUGCUUGCCAUACAAUGCGAACAGGAGGAACUAUGGCAGUAUGCCGGUUUAAGUUGGCUAGCAGUUGCUCGCUGUUACCGUACUCUGGGAAAUACAUCAGCUGAAAUAAACGAAUUAAUGAAAGCCGGGAGACAAUUUCUAACAGCUGAAGAGAAAAAUAACAGAAUAGGAUGUCCCUCGGUUGGUCAAGAGAACUUGCAGGCAGCUGUCAGUUGUUUUGGUCAUUCAGUGGCCUCUGUUCAGAGCGAUCACGGAUUUGGAAUGAUAUCGGCUGGUACUGUGAUAGAAUUAGCCUCAGCGAUUGGUCCGACACCAGCCGGAGCUCAACAGCUGCGAAAGUCGAUCAGCAUAUUACCGACGACACUGGCAAUAGGAAAACUGGCAACCUUUUACACUAAACAAGCUGAUUACGGUGCGGCAUUAAGCGUCAUCACAGAAUUAGUCGACUUGAUUGAGGCCAAUGUUGCCUGUACCAAAACAGGAAAUUACCGAAAAAUUUUACACAAAUAUGAAGUUGAUCGGGUGCUUUUGCUCCUGAUUCUUCAACCAACGCCCCAAAGAUUACCGGCUUCGUUGGGUGAAGUUCUCGAAAAAUACGCGUGGGUUGAAGAAAGUUCGAGCGUUGGUGCCAAUAUGUGCGAGGACGAAUUUUUGUUACUCCAAUCCCUGGUGCUCGCAUGUCAGUCGCACGAUAUUCAAGCUCUUUUAGAACUGGAGGGCGAACUCUGGCCGUAUUUGGAUACAGAGCAAAAAGAUCUGUUACGUAAACUCGUGCAAACGCUCACGACUCAAUAAAACUAGGAAAUUCACAUCAAA